GGAUAAAGAGAGGCGCAGAGGUCGCAUUUACAUGUAUUCGCACACUCACACCGGACAACCCGCCCCGCCCCUCGAAACGAGAGUCGUUCACUUCCAGCACUGAUCACGCGCAGUGCUAGGCCCACGCCGACGUACCCUUGUUCACCACACAGUUUCUCGGCUGUUUGUUCUCUGAAAGUGAGUUGUCGUGAACUGUAGGUUUUACGAACGGCUUUUCUUGUCGCUUACGCCACGGCCCCAUUCUUUAUCUUGGGGGAUCCUGCUACACACGCACACCCUCACCGUGCCCUUAACCACACAAACAGAGACAAUCACGAAGGGACAAUGAAGCCGAAGGCGGCGCAGGUGCGCCAGCAGCAGUCGCUGAACCGACGCGCAAAACUAGAAGAAAGCGCAGCACGUGUGCAGCAGGACCUCUACGCCCGCCAGGCACUCAUGCGGAACAUGGCGGGUGGGCAGCAGGGAAAUGCGAUGUACGGCCGCCCCGUGCGUAACAGCGACCCCAACCGCGGCGUCAUCACACAAGCGGAGUGGGAUGAGUUGGUGGAGCGCCACGAGGACUCGGGCAAGUGUUUUCGUUACUUCUUUGGCAUCCUCAUCCUACUCUGCCUUCUCCUCUUAGCCUUCUCGAAGUACGACGAGGAGUACAACCUUGAGGUGCCGCAGGUGGAGUCUGGCAGAGGCUUCGGCGAACUGCUCAACCCUGACCGUUUCAGCAGCACCACCGAGACCGCCGCCACCUCGAAGGAGGAGCUGGAGCACUACUACCACACGUUGGGUGUAGACGGACGAUUGAACCUUAGCAGUAAGGACGGCCACGCCGCCGCUGCAACUGCGGUGGAGGAGAACGCAGAAGAAGACCCUGACAAGGCCCGCCGGCGCGAGAACUAUGUUGUGCGCCAGCAAAUCAAACACGCCUUCGCGACGCACCAAGAGAAGCAGGGGCAGCUUGUGCACUGCGGCCGCACCUGUGAGGCAGAGAACAAGCAGGUCGAACUCGCCUAUAACAAACUCGUCUCACAAGUGGACCGUGAGCUCUUCAAGGUCCUCCUCGACGCCAACGACACCAUGUCCGUCCGAUCCACCACCCCCGCCCAGCUGAAGAAGAAGUACGAGGAGAAGCGUCAGCGCAUUCUGGAAACGGAGAAGGACGAGGUCGACCGCAACAUGGCUUUGGAGGAGCUAAAGGACGCGUACGACAUCAUCGAGAACGCCGACGCGCGCAAGUACUACCUGCUCUACGGCGCAAAGCCGCCGGAGCAGAUGCGACACGUCAGCGCGCGUCACGGUGGCUGGGGGCAGGAGAUGGCGUUGGGCACCUUCAAGUUCCGCAUCAUUAUUAUGUGGCUUGAUUUUCUGCACACGUACUUGGGUGUGUGGGGCGAGACGUUUGUGCUGGGCAGCGUUGUGCUCUUUGUGCUGUCGCGGUUGCCGCAGGCUCUGGCGGACGCGGAUCGCCUUCUGGACCAGUUUGACCUGCAAGACGAACACGCCGAGAAGGAAAAGAAAGAGGCGACCAAGGCUGAGUAG